UUGCGUUUCGUUGUAGUUAUAUUGAAUACAGCUCCAGAAUUUUAAAACAUAUUACAAAGUAUGCAGUUUCGUUUACUGUGUGUGACGAAAUGCCGCAAGGUGAAAAACAGGUGUUAACGACCACAUUCCAUAGAUAUUCACGCUAUAGAAAAUAUUUAUUAACGAUAAUGCAAUAUUUUGGUGAGAUUUUCGUCAUCAUACUUUUUGCUUUUACAUCCUAUGCAAGCCUACAGAAAGGGGCAUUACGAGUACAGUUUCAGUCAACAGCAGUACCACUUUUACAUAGUAAUGCAACUGUAAGAGAAUUUUUUGACGGUGACAUUGCUGUGCCUUUUUUUGCAGUACUACAGUCUGAUGUGUCACUAGUCAUGUACUAUGCUCCAUGGGAUUUUGAUUCCCAGUUAGCAAUUCACGAAUUUGAGAGAAUUGCCAACAAAUAUGAAGGACAGAUAUUUUGUGCCUCAAUAAACUGUUGGGUACAUAGUGGAUCAUGCAAGAAAACUUUCUCCAAACUUAGGAGUUUCCCAUUAAUAUUGGGUUAUGUUGGAGCAAGUAGAGGUGUUCACUACAAUGGCCCUUUACAAUAUGACUAUAUCGAUAAGUUUGUUCAAAGUUUGAUUACACCUCUUAUAAGGAUUGAAACUGUUGCAGACCUUAACAUAUUGUUGAUUCAAUCAUCAGUUGUCGUUACAGGUUUCUUCAAUUUUGAUUUGGCAAAGCCAAAAGGGUUUUACACGUUUUACAGAGCAGCGUUAAAAUAUCUCGAAUACGAUAGCCGCAAAACUGUUGUAUUUGCAGUUAUCACAAAUCCUUCUGCUGCACAAAGGCUAGGAAUCAACUUGUCAAUGCCUCGUCAGUUUGACUUACGUUUACACUUGUGGAAUGAGACUCUAAUUUAUCCGUAUAACGACAAUGCUAUUGACACUAGUCAGCUUCUACAAUGGAUUCAUCAUCGCAGUCAUUCUCCAAUGCAGUUUAUUUCGCCGAUUGGUCGAAAAAACCAGAUGAUUCAACGUCACCUUAGUGAGCAACAGCCGUCGCUGAUCCUCUUUACUUCUAGUUCGAGACCUUCAUAUCAAACCAUGGUGGUGAAAGAAGUAGCAUUUAACUACUAUAACUGUGUUUCUUCUCCUCGAAUAAUCAGACUUAUCCAAGAAAGUGAAAUUCAUAGAGAUGCAAUAGAAUCUUCUCGAUUGGAAUUGGAGAGACAGUGUGGUAUAUCUGAGAACAGGAAAUGCCUGUCUUACAAUAUGUCUGUCAACUCACAUCAAUCAAAUGACGAUGACAUUGGUGUUGAGGAAAAAUGUGAAUUUAGUUACGAACCGGUAUUGCCGAAAUUAGAGGGACUUGGUUGCCGUACAAACCGUACUUUAAAUUUCUUUGUAAUUGAUUCACACCAGCAUCCAAAUUUGCUUAGAAAUUUGGGUUAUUCGUCUAAACGGAUUCACCAAAGCAGUCAUGUGGUUUUCGUUGUGGAUCCCAAGGCCGAAUCCUAUUACGUCAUGACCCUGCCGUUGACAACACAGAACUUACAGAAUUUUGUUAUUAACUACACAGAAAAUAGGCUUAGAAGGUUUCAUCGUAGUCGACAGAAAACAGAAAAAAGAAAGUCAUGCCAUGAUGGGCGAGUUUGCGUUGAAGAGAUAUCAGCUGACGACUUCGCCCCAAUCGUCCUUGAUCCAUUGCACGAUGCAGUAGUGCUGUUCAAAAAGAAAGGCUGCGUGUUUUGUGAGAUUGGGGCUCGUUUCUUUUUGAAACUUUCUCAGAUGUUUUUUUCACGAAAGUCUUUCAUUCUGAAUGAAAACCACGUACGGCAGAUCAAAUUUGUUACCAUAGACGCUGAAGAGAAUGUCCUUCCAUGGCAAUAUACUGUUGAUAAAUUCCCAACCAUCAUUUUUUAUCCAGCCCACAGGAAACAUGACAGCCGUAUAUAUCCACAUAAUUUGGAAUUGAAUGAGGCUAACUUGCUAAAUUUUACGCUUUCCCAGUUGAGUCUAAAACAUCGUAUAAUUUGGCUUACUCGGUUUUGCCAAGAUACCGCUUGCUUACAAGAAGCCCAACGACAAAUAGAUGCUCAAGUAAUUGUCAUUGACCGCAAUAUUCGAAGAUCCCGUAAUCAUUUAUUGUGGCCGGAAAACAGCGAUCGGAUGUCAGUUGCGAAGAUUCAAAAUUACAUGAAGGAACGCAAUUUUUUCCAAGAACUAGGAUAUUCUGUCAGAAAAGCAGUCGUUGAUAUUCCAGGAGGAAACAAACCAGAGGAGUACCGCGAUGGAAUCGUCCUACUCGCUUAGUUGCUUUAUUUUUAAACUUUCAUAUUUUUUGUUCACUUUAGUUAUUCGCUAAAAUGUAAAAUGUUGAAAAUCCAAGCUUUACGGAAAAAGAUUUCUUGGUCUGAUCA